ACACACAAACGAAAUCAUUUCCCGAUGUGUCUCCCGAAGUCCAUUGAAGUUGCUUAGUCACGAGAAACUCAGCCAGGAGGAGGAUUUUUGGUGGUACAUCUCAUUGGUUGACCAAGUAGUGGGUUUUUCUUGUAUAGUUUCAGUAGUAACUGGACUGCUAUAUGCAUGCCAUGGCGACACACGCGAAGCCUGUUCUUUAUGGAUAUUUUAGAAGUUCAUGCUCUUGGAGAGUCCGGAUAGCGUUUGCAUUGAAAGGCAUUGAAUAUGAGCAAAAGUCAGUAAAUCUCAUCAAGGAUGGUGGGCAACAGCUAACAGAUCAGUUUAAGGCAAUAAACCCAAUGCAGCAAGUGCCUGCAGUCACCAUUGAUGGCAUCACCUUGUCUCAGUCGUUGGCCAUCAUCCAGUACAUUGAGGAAACUCGUCCAGAGCCCCGCCUCCUGCCAGCAGACCCAAAGCAGAGGGGUCAGGUCCGCAUCAUCUGUGACAUCAUCGCAUCUGGAAUCCAGCCCCUCCAGAAUCUGUAUGUGCUUCAGAAAAUUGGAGCAGAUAAGGUACAGUGGGCUCAACAUUUCAUCAACCGAGGAUUCGAGGCCUUAGAGCCUAUUCUGAAGCAGACGGCAGGGAAAUACUGUAUUGGUGAUGAGAUAUCCAUGGCAGAUAUUUGUCUUGUGCCUCAAGUCUACAAUGCUGAAAGGUUCAAGGUGGAUAUGUCCCAGUUCCCUACUAUCAGAAGGUUAAACCAGACCUUAAUUGAGAUCGAUGCUUUCAAAGCCACUCAUCCAUCAUGUCAGCCUGAUACUCCUGAUGAUUUGCAGGCAUAAUCUGAAUAAUGAAAUCAAUAAAACACUUUGAUAAUC